CAUACUGCAUACAGAAAGCAUUAGCGUGCCCAAAUUACAUGCACGAAUAGUUGAGCACCUUGCACUCACGUAUUUCGUCACCGCGAAAGGCCUUGACACUGCUAGGCGAUCGGUCUAUACGUGCUGCGUAGGUAUUGUCACCUCAUUAUCAUCUCCAAAUAUCAUUUCCUGCUAUAAGCCGGGAGCUCGCCGGCUGGCAUUGCGACAGGGUCAACACGCUGCACCGCGUGUCUUCGCAAACCCUCGAACGGAGACCGGAACGGAGGGCUUCCGCCGCGCCGGACUGGGUGUUAAACUGCGCAGCGGUAGUGAGGGCUGGGCAGCACUGCCGCAAUGCCUCCAGCGCCUGGCAACGGGGAAGCUGGCACAGGUCAACAGGCUACCACCCCAGCCGCAUCUGCAGCCGCAUCCUCCGAAUCCCAUCCAUCCCCUCAUCCGCAUGACCAACUGCUGCCGCCACAACCGCCAGGCGAGCCGUACAGUCCAACCGCUCGCAUGCGGUGUGACGUGCAGCAGCCGGAUCCAAAGUUUGGUUGCAAGCUAGCGGCGUGCGCUAUACAGAGCUGCCUGGCUGCGAAGGACUACGACCAGCGCAAGUGUGCAAAGGAGAUACAAGCACUGGUCCAAUGCUGCCAGUACCUAUCAGAGCCGUCCGUGCACUGUAAAGGUUUUGGAGUCUAGCUCAACUUGGCCUUAGCUAGUCGGGUGCAGCUGCAGGCUUUGGCUGCCGCGGCAGGGGUAUACUCGGUUACCAGAGACCUGGAAGAGUGGUGUGGGGCUGCAAAUCCACAGGACUUGGCUGCUGGUAGUAUGCUGCAGGUGCAUGGCAGUACAUGUAGGAGCGGGCGGGUGGCGGGUGGAUGGCGCAUGCUGACGUGUGCCAAUGAUACCUGGGUGUACAUGCAAGGCUGUGCUGACCGCCUGAGCUGGAGGACACACAAUUGGCAAUGUGGAGGUAGAUGUGGGGUAGGAAUUUGAUGCUGCUGCUGCAGGGCCUUGCAAGGUUUUGGGUGGUAGGCACACAGGACUGCGUUUGUGACGGGCCUGUUGUUGUUGUGUAGCGUGGCUGACGGCCAUGAAAUGACAUCACGGUAACCAGUUGACGAAGAUGAACUAUAAUGGCGUGUUGGAGAAGGCAUUACGCAACCGAAAUGCUGUGAGGGGGUCAUGCAAAGACUCCAGGACGCACGUAAUUUGAAGGUCAGGCAGCCGCAGAGCAGACGAGGGGAUUUGGGAACACAGUAGUUGACGAUACACUUGCUUCGCUGCAUGUAGGUGCCUACAAAUAGGUGGAAGCGGAUUGUAUGAGAGGCG